ACGACAUGACAACACAACCAGUUGCAAACAUGACCUUUGCGGUCGUGUUGGAAGAGCAGUUCAGUUGCUGCAUCUGUCUUGACAUCUUCAUCAAGCCGACCACCCUAGCCUGUGGACACAACUUUUGCCUGGACUGCAUUGAAGGUUUUUGGGAUAUGAAGAGAGAGCCUGAGUGUCCGCUGUGCAAAAAGAAAUACAUAAAGCGCCCGAAGCUCAGCAUCAACCUAGGUUUUGCUGCAAUCAUUGAAUUAUAUGAAAGGUUUGUUAUUGAACACUAUCUCUCUCACUUUUUUAAAGCAAGCCAUAUUCCCUGUAACAUCUGCUGCGGAGACAAAUCACCGUCGGAAGCAGCCCUGCAGACACACCAGCUGACGGAUUCGGACAGUUUCAUCGCCAGUCAUCUCUGCAGAAAACACAAGAGGCCGCUGACGAUGUUCUGCAAGAGCGACCAGAAGCCUGUUUGUGUGAAAUGCACAGAGAAGGAGCACAAACAGCACAACUUAGUCCUCAUUGAGGAGGAGAGGAAGAGGGUCAAGACUUCUUUGGGGGACAAGAAGACCAGCAUUAAACAGAUGUUCCAUGCCAGAUGGAGAAAAUGGUGCAGAUGA